UAAUUGAGAAGCAGAUAGACGGUCAAGAUUUGGAUGCGUGCCUGUUGAAAAACGCGAUCAAGUAUCGGGUGAAAUUGAAGAGCUGCGUUAUGCAUCAUCAGUCGCUGAUUAAUUAUUGCAGAAAACUUGAGAACGUGUUUACUUUGAUCGUGCUAAGCGGAGUGUUGUUUUUAGCCGUGUUACUGUGCUUGCAGGGAUUUCAAGUAUUUUUGCUAAAUUCACCACCAGCAAGACGCGUAAGUUUGAUACUAGGCAUGAUGGCCAUUUAUUCUCAACUUUUAAUGUCCACGUUCUGUUCGGAUGGUUUGAUACGUGAAAGUGUGAACGUUGGUCAAGCAGCGUUUUCAGGGCCUUGGCACAUCUUCUCCAUGAAUAAAGUUGGCAGAGCUUUGCGAAACGAUGUGCUAAUGAUUAUCAUAAGAUCCAAAAAAUCUUGCUGCUUAACCGCUGGUGGAUUCUUCCCCGUCUCUUUGGAAACUUGUACAGCGGUAAAUACACAAUUAUCGAAGAGCACUACAUAUUAACAAAAUUCAACGUUUUGCGUUUCAGGUUCUCAGCACAGCAAUGUCCUAUUUCACACUUCUAAGACA